CAUACUUUGACAUACAUACCAAAAACAUGGGUCCUUGUGUCAAAAAUGGUCUAAUUUCGUUAGUCGUUUUUACAAUCUUUAGUUUGAUCUCUUUAACUCAGGGAGCCAAUUUCGACGUUAUAAACCAAUGUCAAUACACUGUAUGGGCUGCAGCCUCACCCGGAGGAGGAAAACGCCUUGAAAAUGGCCAAAGUUGGCAAGUCACUGUGGCACCUGGAACGCCUAAAGCUCGUAUAUGGGGACGAACUGGUUGCACAUUUGAUGCUAAUGGAAAAGGCAAGUGUGACACAGGUGAUUGCAAUGGAAUGCUUGAAUGUCAAGGCUAUGGGUCGCCUCCCAACACUUUAGCCGAGUUUGCUCUGAACCAAUAUAACAAUGAUGACUUUGUUGACAUAUCUCUUGUUGACGGCUUUAACAUCCCCAUGGAAUUCGCCCCUGUUGGUGCUUCGUGUAAGACUAUGAAAUGUGGCGUUGAUCUUAAUCCCGAGUGCCCUCAGCCACUACGAACUCAAGGAGGAUGCAACAAUCCUUGCACAGUUUUUAAAACUGUUGAAUAUUGUUGCACUCUUGAGCGUGGUAGUUGUGGACCAACUGAGUAUUCCAAGUUUUUUAAAGAUAAGUGUCCUGAUGCUGCUUAUACUUACCCUCAAGAUGAUCAGACGAGUCUGUUUACCUGUCCUGGCGGUACCAACUACAAAGUCGUGUUCUGUCCAUAAUGAACACUAUCAAUAUGAACUUCUACAUAGUUGCAGCCUUAGUAAUCUUUUAAACAGAAUAAACGGGCUUCAUCUCACAGAGUGUGGCCCAUAGAGUACUGUAAACAGAAUAACGAGUUCAAUAAGUACUACUAAUAUGUGAUUGCCCUGUUUGUUAAUUCAUAUCCGUGUUCAAUGAUCA